AUGACUACGGUGCAAACUAUUAUGGUCAUUGCUACAUCACAAAAUUGGCCUCUUCAUCAAAUGGAUGUCAAAAAUGUUUUUCUUCAUAGUGAUCUCAAAGAAGAUAUUUAUAUAAAACCCCCCUGGUUUGUUCUCAUCACCUACAUCAGAUAUGAUAUUAUUAUCACAGGAACUGAUUCUUCACUAAUCACUAGCCUCCAACAGCAGCUUAAGGAUUCUUUUCAUAUGAAAGAUCUUGGUACUCUUACAUACUUUUUGGGGUUAGAAGUUCAUUAUAAUUCUUUAGGUGUGUUCUUGAACCAAGAGAAAUAUACUCAGGACUUGAUUGCUUUGGCUGGUCUUCAAGAAUCUUCCUCUGUAAAUACUCCAUUGGAAUUGAAUGUAAAGUACUGUCGUGCAAAAGGAGAUCUUCUUCAUGAUCCAACUUUGUAUUGGCAAUUAGUUGGGAGCCUAAAUUAUCUUACUACUACUUGGCCUAAUAUCUCUUUUUCAUUUCAACAAGUGGGUCAAUUUAUGCAGGUUCCACGCCAUCUACAUUUGGUGGCUGUCCGUCGCAUCAUUCGAUAUCUCUUGGGAACAUCUACUCGUUGA